UUUGAAUUUUGAUGACGGAAAGAAAAAGGUUAUACACAGAAAAAGAGGGAAUAGGCUGAUUAUGAUUAAAUUAUUGUAAAAAUAAAUAGAAGUAAUUAAAGUGUUUAAUUUGUUACUUUGUAUAAUAAGAGAUUUGAAUUAUAGCUUUGUAAAUAGUAUAAUAGUUAAAAGAGCAACGUGUCCUAGGUUAGGCCGUUAGGGAAUCAUGUUAGUAUUGGCGUAACAUGACUGAAAGAAAAAUGUGCAAGUUCUAUAAUUUGAAUGUGCCUGAACGCCGAUCUGGGGAACCUGGGAAUCAGAAUCACGCAAACAAUGAUGAGGACGAUCGCAACCCUGACGAUCCGCUGCAACCAUACGUGCCCCCACACGAGCACAAACUGGAGUAUAGUUACUGGAUGUGGUUCUCUCGGAGGCCUCCCGCCAGAGAACUUUCUUCGACCACCACUGGUUAUGGACAGGCCCUUCGUUUGGUGGGUCGCGUGGCUUCAGUUGAACAGUGGUGGGGUUUGUACACGCAUUUAGCACGGCCCGCGGAGCUCCCGCCGUCAUCAGAUUUGCAUCUCUUCAAGCUGGGCAUCAAGCCUAUGUGGGAAGAUCCUGCUAAUAUUAAUGGUGGCAAGUGGGUGGUGAGACUCCGCAAAACGCAGACAGGCCGUGCAUGGGAGGACUUAUGUAUGGCUAUGCUUGGUGAACAGUUUAUGGUCGGAGCUGAGCUGUGCGGUGUCGUACUCUCCGUUCGAUUUCAGGAGGACCACCUGGCGGUGUGGCACCGGACGGCGUCGGACACGGCGGCGGCGGCGCGCGUGCGGGACGCGCUGCGGCGCAUCCUGCAGCUGCCCGCGUCCGUGCCCAUCGAGUACAAGGCGCACGGGGAGCGCCUGCGCGCCUCGGCCGCGCGCGCGCACGACGACGAGCGCUCGUAGCGCCCCCCGCGCCCCCCGCGCGCCCCGCGCCCGCCGGUCUCGCUUUCCCAGUAUUUGAAAUGUUUCAGUGCAACAGAGUUUAAAAGAUUAGACAAUAAUAAAGAAGGUUCUCAUUUGUAUCUCCCCUGUCAAUUUUUUUUUAUUCCACGAGUCGACGAGUCGAACUAUCACGAUAACGUACUUGCACGGAUGGCGUUUUCGGGUAACAUUAAUACAACGUUUGCUGCCACUAAAUUUAAAAUGAUUUCCUAAAAUUUCUACCUUAGAUAAAUUUUAAAACUUGUCAAAUAUGCAUUUUCCGAUCACAAGGCUCUAUAAUUUUGGACUUGUGUUAUGAAUUGAGGAAGAGUAUCACAAUGUAGCUCUGAGAGGUCUCCUUUCUAUUUUUUUUUUUUAAUAUUCUCAAAUUUGUCCAUAUGUUGUAUAAGACAAUAAAGCAAUAAACUUCCUUCGAGUGUUGCGUUUUAAAACGAUGCUUCAUGGUUUUUAUACGGUGAGAUCGGAGGCGUGUUUGUAAGAUUCCCCAGUCUUCCUCAGUUGCUACGCUUCACGACCACGAAUAAAAUUUCGUAUACAAUUGACUGUUUAAUUCAAAUCCGAGUGAGAAAUGCGUUUGUCCUGUUUCAAAGUUCAAUUGAUGUACAUAGUGUUGAAAUAAUUGUAACGUAAGUUUUGUUUGAAAUGCGGGGUACGGACACGUUGCCAUAAGACCCGUUGUCUACACCUUGUACAGUGCAAAAUUGCAUAACAAUAAAGAAUCAGACUUUUCA